AUGGACUGCAAGCAUGAGAGGAAGAGGAGGACCGAGCAGCAGCAGCAGGCAGAGACAUUUUGUGUGCGGUUCUGUCUCCACUGUCCAUCCACUCCACUGUCCGUCCACUUCCGUUCCCACCAAGGCAGCAAGCCAGACAGAAGAUCCUGGGGCAGAGGAAAGACAGAGUGCUGCUGCUGGGCAGACAACAAAAAAAUAAAGAGAGAGAGAGGAGGGUGUCAAGAAUCUGAGACAUUUUGUGUGCGGUUCUGUCUCCACUGUCCAUCCACUCCACUGUCCGUACACUUCCGUUCCCACCAAGGCAGCAAGCCAGACAGAAGAGCCUGGGGCAGAGGAAAGACAGAGUGCUGCUGCUGGGCCGACAACAAAAAAAUAAAGAGAGAGAGAGGAGGGUGUCAAGAAUGUGAGACAUUUUGUGUGCGGUUCUGUCUUCACUGUCCAUCCACUCCACUGUCCGUCCACUUCCGUUCCCACCAAGGCAGCAAGCCAGACAGAAGAGCCUGGGGCAGAGGAAAGACAGAGUGCUGCUGCUGGGCCGACAACAAAAAAAUAAAGAGAGAGAGAGGAGGGUGUCAAGAAUCUGAGACAUUUUGUGUGCGGUUCUGUCUCCACUGUCCAUCCACUCCACUGUCCGUACACUUCCGUUCCCACCAAGGCAGCAAGCCAGACAGAAGAGCCUGGGGCAGAGGAAAGACAUUGCUACAAAGUCUCUUAAAGUCCUUCCAAAAUAGUGCUUCCUGCAUGAACAUCAAAUUGAAGAUAUCACAGUACAAGUGCAGACCAAGGUCCACUGGAUUAUAUUCUGUACGGAUUAAAGUACAGCGAAGCCAGAUGUCCUACCUACGAUUCUACGAACCUUGAAUUUCCCAAUUCAUAUAUCCAGGAUGUACCACAUCACAUGCAUGCUAGAUUGACCGCUAAGCG